AUGACCUCAUUGAUCGAACAAGCAAAGCAAAAGGCUGCUUACCAGGCUGUGGAUGAACACGUCCUACCUUCGCAUAAAGUGAUCGGUGUUGGCUCUGGAUCAACUGUUGUCCAUGUCGUGGCUCGUCUGUUGCAACGUGAUCCAGAACUUAAUGCUAGAACUGUCUUUAUCCCAACUUCAUUCCAAUCUCGUGGAUUGCUCUUGGAUGGAGGGCUUAAUGUCGGUGACGUGGAACAGUAUCCUAAUAUUGACGUGACUAUUGAUGGUGCCGAUGAAGUUGAUUCGCAGUUGAACGCAAUCAAAGGCGGUGGAGGUGCCCACCUUCAAGAGAAGGUAGUUGCUGAGGCUGCCAGCAAGUUUGUUAUCGUUGCUGAUUUCCGUAAGGACUCCAAGAUCCUUGGAGAACAAUGGAUCAAAGGUGUCCCAGUUGAGGUUGUUCCUUUUGCUUGGAGAGCUGUUCUCAAGAAACUACAGGGUCUGGGUUCCAAGGAAGCCAUGCUCCGCAUGGCGGUGGCAAAAGCUGGACCUGUUGUAACAGAUAAUGGCAACUUUUUGAUUGACGCACCCUUUGGUCUCAUCCGUGAUCCUGCCAAGCUUUUGACCGAUAUUAAGCUUAUCACAGGGGUAGUUGAAGUCGGUUUGUUUUGCAACAUGGCUCAGGUUGCCUACUUUGGCUGCGAAGAUGGAUCUGUCACCAUUAGGACAAAGUAA